AAAGCAACGUAUUUUUUCCAGUGUGUAUCAGUUCAUUAGUGAAUCUAGUACGAAUAGUACAGCUUCAUCAACAACUACCAAACCCUUUAAUUAAAAAAACUUAAAAUGUACUUCAAGGUCCUGUGUAUCGUAGCCAUCGCCGUAGUGGCUGUCUCAGCGGAGUACGGCCACUCCUCCCAGCAUAUCCAUAGACACGAUGGACAUCACCAGGUUGUGGAAUUCAAGGAUAAGCAUGGACAUCACCAUGUCGACUACUAUGCCCAUCCCAAGUACGAGUUCGCGUACAAGGUGGACGACAAGCACACCGGAGACCACAAGGAACAGCACGAGCACCGUGACGGACACGACACAAAGAGCGACUACAAAGUGCACGUAGAACACAUCGUACCCCAUCAUCAUCAUCAUCACCAUGAGCAUCAUGUGUGCUUACUAGUUGUGGUGGUAGUGGCAACCGCAUCAGCUCAUGAUGGCCACUCCUCGAUUCACAUCUUACGGCACGAUGGUCAUCACACGCCCGUGGUCAUAAAAGAUAAGCAUGGACAUCAUCACGUUGACUACUACACACCUCCCAAGUACAAGUUCGGGUAUGAUGUGAAGAGUCAUCACACUGGUGAUCAUAAGAAACACCAUGAGCACCGCCACGGUGACCAAGUCAAGGGAGAAUAUGCCUUGCACGAACCUGAUGGUGGUUCCAGGCAUAUUCAUUACCAUGCUGACAAGCAUUCUGGUUUCCACGCAGAUGUGAAGCACAGUAUUCAUCAUAUAGUGCCAAAGAAGCAUCAUCAUUAAAUCAAAGUUCUAUAAUGUUUAUAAAAUUAAAUAAAUAUCGUGUUGUUUUUGUAAUUAGUCUUGUUUAUAAUUGUUUUGUUUUUAAU